CGCUCGCUCGGGACUGCUCAGGUCCGUCGCUGUUCGUCAACUAUUUAACUUGUUUAUUGUAGAACUCGGUCCGGCACUGAAACCAUCCGAGAUCCGAGUGUGGUUUAAAGUGUCGAUCCGCGAAAAUGCCUACCGAAGGCGAUGUUGAGUCCGGAGGAGCGACACCGGUUCCAACAGCUAGGGCUACGGAAUCCGGAACCGGUGGUUCUGCCGAAGAAGCAACACGUGCCAGUUUGUAUCCCGUUAUAGACCUUGAAGACGAAAAACCGACGGCCAUCACUGCAGCCAUUCCCGCCUCAACUGCUGUGGAAGCGGAAGAAUGCAACGAGGACAGUUUCGAUCCCAGCCAUACUCCAGCCGUCGGCUUCCGGAAGCGACCGGUAUCGUUCGUGACCACCAACAACAGGGCACCGGUGGUGCAGCGAGCACUAUCCUAUCAAGCCUCCAUCGGGGGUCACUCUCACCGGUCGUACGGAUCGGCGUCGGCGGCAGAUGACCACCUGAUACCACCUCCGUCGACGGCGGAGGAAAAAUCGAAAUUUACCCGCCGCUAUCUGGCCGUCGUGACGGCCAUCAGUUAUACCCUGUUUCUGAUCGUGUUCGGUAUGAUUGUCUUCGUGACGGAUGCCGUCGAAAAUAAUGCACGCUAUCCGCUGGCGGAAGUGUUCGGACUGUACAUGGUUUCGGUGGGAAUUGUUUACUUUGUGUUUCUGUACCUGGACAUCCGAAUGCACGUGCAGCGGACUCAUCGAGCGAUCGAGGAGCUGGAACGACGACAUCGGGCUUACGAGGAGAUGAUGAAUAAGACGGCAGCGCAGUUCAACAAUGGGCCGCUGGCGUUGAAUCCUAGUGCUCCGGCGAAAAAUGUUCCACACGAUUGGGAGCUGCCGAAGCUGGAUCCGAUUCCGCAUAAUUAUUGCUUUGUGAGUGGCAGGCAUGGGGAGUUUAUAUAUCUGAAGCUGGGUGCUACCUGGUUCUGUUUUGGACUGUUGAUCCAUUCGGUACUGUUGCUUUCCUACCAAGGAAUUCUGAUGAACAGCACCGACGGGAAGUGGGCAGUGUGUGCCUCGAAUUCAACGAUUGCGCUGGAAGUACUGUUUCUAUGCUACUGUCUAUUUUUGGUGUUCUUUUUCUGGAAGUACGCCAACGUUGUGAUUAACCAUUAUCGUGGAUUGGCUCGCUUUGGAUUGAUGCACGCAAUCGGAACGGCACUUGCCUUCUGGAUCUACACGAUUGUUCGAGAAACUCAUCUGGCAAUUCGAAUUAAGGCAUCCUAUAAAAGCCCAGCCAACGGAGACGUUGAUCCGGUGGGUUUAGCUUUGCUGAUUUGUCCGGGACCGGAAGAUCUCAAUGCAAUCCUGACGACGUUUUCACCCUAUCUCUACCCGUUCGUCAUUGAGUUCAACAUCCUGAUCGUCGGAUUGCUGUACAUGAUCUACGCUAAUAUUAAUCGCUGUCCGAAGAAACUAUCCACCAAAGGACACGGUGGACAUGGACAUGGUCACGGUAGCACCCAUAGCGGCCACGGAGAUAGUGACAGUGUCUGUUCCGAGACACAGACUAAAUCGAUUGACCACGACACGGAAGUGAAAGGAAAAAUGGUCGUUUACGGCGAUUGUCAUGCGACCAGUCGGGGCUUAUUCGCUGGUUUGCUUCUUGUCGUGGCUACCAUCGUCGUCAUUAUUUUGUUUCACAUUGCCGCCAGAGAUGAUGACUAUCGGGACAUAGGCGUUCUGCUGGACUCCAUAUUCGAGGUGACGGUCCUUGGAAUUAUGACCCUGGCUGUGAUACUCGCGUACUUCCAAACCUCAAAACUGGACAUCAAUCAACAUCCAAUCUCCCGGUUGGACGACGUUCUGCUUUUCAUCGCUAUUCCAGCCUUCUUUUCCGAAACGUUCUUCAGCAUGAUACCGGCAUUUGAGAACCAAUCGAUUCUGAACGGAUUUAUUAUCUUCACUCAGCUACUUCAGAUUCUGGUACAGACGCCGUGGAUUAUCGACGCCUUGCGCAGGUGCUCCAAUGCUCCGGAGUUACGGAAAGAGAAACCCGGCAAAGAACUGGUAACCUUUUUGACCAUCGCGAACGUCGCACUUUGGAUUUAUUUGUCAUUCUCCGUCAAAACGGGUGAUUUCGGGGAUGAGAGAUACGAGUACUACGGAGACCUGCUGUGGUCCAUACUGAAUCACUUAUCGCUGCCGCUUAUCAUGUUCUAUCGGUUCCACGCAUCGGUCUGCCUGGUGGAUAUUUGGAGGCACUCGUACGAGCCGGGGGAAUUUGCCCACUGAUGCCCACGCCGGGGCGCAAAGAUUAGGUCCGAGGGAUCUCGAAUGAUAUUAGCUUUCUGGCUGGCUAGAAGUAAAUAAACGAAAGACGAAAAUAUAACUGACGAUAGAUAACGAAUGAAAGAAAAAAAUCGCGAUAGUGUAAAGUUAGAUCGGCUAUCUUCGUGUCGAUAUACGGUAUACUUACUGAUAAAUGUAGUUGUACUGACUAUAAUACGUUCGCAAACAAUUAAAACGGAAUGAUAAAUCAAUAUCACACGAGAACCAGUCGAAUGAGUUGAUACAAGAAUUACGUCGAUCGUCGCCGUCGUCGCCGCCUGGCGUCUAUGGUCCGGGGGUGAUUGUGAUUUAUGCUGGAAGAUUAGUUAGUAUCCACGCUAAUGCGAGACUAUGAGCUGUUCCGUGCCGAAGACAUGUUUAUCAGCGUUGAAGGUCCGACGUCAUGUGCUAGGGGAUUUGGACUAGCCGAAGUGAAUGACAGAACAGCAGUAGCUGUUUCUGAGCACGCGCAAUAUUCGGUCGAUAUUGAUCCCAUUAUUCCUGGAAUUUUGGCGGCCUAUGGCUACUUAAUAGUGAAGCGGUUUUGAGAUCGUAAACUUUUGAUUAGAAUUGGUAAUGAGGCAUUGGUCUCAAACAAACCGUCGACGUAUGUUCAAUC